GCGGCGAGUCCAGCACGUUCGCGUCAUGUAGUGAGAGCGCAGCUGCUGGAGAAGGCGGUGUGUGGCACGAGCGCAGACGUAUCUGAGAUUAAUCACCAGCUUCAUCAUGAAUUACCUGCGCAGACGUCUGUCAGACAGCAGCUUUGUAGCCAACCUGCCCAAUGGCUACAUGAUGGACCUCCAGAGACCCUCUAGUUCCACCAGCUCCCCGGCUUCCCCGGCCACAGAGCGCCGCCAGCCUCCUGGACAACCCGCACAGCCGGCCCCACAGGCUCAGGCUCCGCCCACACAACCGUCUCUGCAAGCCCAAGCCCCGCCUGCUGCCUCCGGUGGGUUCCUCAGCUCGUUCUCCAGCGUGGUGAAGACGGCUCAGAUCGCCAGUGCCGUGCAAGCCAAAGCGGCUGCUCAUGCCGAAGCCUCGGCCGCCACGUCGACCGCACCUCCAGCCAAACCCGCCGUACGCAAACCCAAAGUUCUUCUGGUCAUCGAUGAGCCGCUCACAGACUGGGUGAAGUAUUUCAGAGGACGGAGGCUGAAUGGAGAAUAUGAGAUUCGUGUUGAACAGGCAGAGUUCUCUGAGAUCAAUCUGGUGUCGUAUGUUAACUCCGGCUGUACUGUAGACAUUCAGGUGAACAGAGGAGGCAGUAAAGUGGUCAGAUCGGUCAAGCCAGAUUUUGUCCUCAUUCGACAGCACGCCUACAGCAUGACUCCAGGAGAGGACUACAGGAAUCUGGUGAUCGGUCUGCACUAUGGAGCCGUUCCCAGUGUUAACUCUCUCUUCUCCAUCUACAACUUCUGCAGCAAACCCUGGGUGUUCUCACACAUGAUCAAGAUCUAUCAGACUCUGGGUCCGGAGAAGUUUCCUCUGAAUGAACAGACCUUCUUCCCCAACCACACACAGAUGCUUGCCGCUGCUUCAUUUCCAGUGGUGGUCAAGAUGGGACACGCCCAUGCCGGCAUGGGAAAGAUAAAAGUGGAGACAGCCAAUGAUUUUCAGGACAUCACCAGUGUAGUUGCCAUCGCUAAAACCUACGCCACAGCCGAGCCAUUCGUGGACUCUAAAUAUGACAUCCGCAUCCAGAAAAUCGCCAACAACUAUAAAGCAUACAUGAGAACAUCUAUCUCAGGUAACUGGAAGGCAAACACAGGAUCAGCUAUGCUGGAGCAGAUCGCUAUGACUGACAGGUAUCGUCUGUGGGUGGACUCGUGUGCUGAGAUGUUUGGAGGUUUGGAUAUCUGUGCUGUCAAAGCCGUUCAUGGUAAAGAUGGGAAGGAUUAUAUCAUAGAGGUGAUGGACAGCUCCAUGCCUCUGAUUGGUGAACAUGUUGAAGAGGAUCGACAGCUCAUUUGUGAUCUGGUCAUGAGUAAAAUGGCUUUCUCUCUGUUGGGCAUCACCACACCACAGACGUCAUCCACUAAGACUCCGGCCGGGCCGCAGACGACUCAACCCAGACGUACUGCAGGUGGCCCUCGCUCCGGCUCUCAGUCGGGUCAGGCUUCACCUCAGCGGGCGCGUUCUGCCUCUACCUCACCCAGCCAGGCCUUCCAGCCGGGUCCCAUUCCCGCCGCCGGACCCGGCUCACAGAAACAAGCGCCACAGCUCAAUAAAUCCCAGUCGCUCACCAACACCUUCAGUGAGACGCUGCGGGGAAACAUCACAGACGACGAGGCCAAAGCCGAAACCAUCCGCAGCCUGCGGCAGUCCUUCGCCAGCCUUUUCUCUGACUAAUGCACACACAUGCACGCACACGCGUGUGCUCACGGAGCUUGUGUUGGUCUGACGGCAGCUGUUCUUUCAUCAUCUGCCAUCAGAUGAACAUCAUGUCUCACAAACAAAACCCACUCCACUGACACUGAUGAGAGAUUUCAUACAAACCCUCUCCUUUAUGACUUUCAUUCAACAUUUGUGUGUUGUGUUGUGUUGUGAGAUGUUCAGUUAUGUCACACACACACACACACACACACACACACGUAAAGUCAUGAUAUACUGUAGAAUCUGAUGCAAUCAGACUUAUUGAUAACGUAUCAACCAGCAAUAUUGUCAUAUGUGCUGCUUGAGUCAGUCUUCCACACUUCAGAUUCUUCCCUUUACAGACUUUCACAGCUUAUCUCUCUGUUCUUCUUCAAUAUCCUCUCGUGUGUCGGGAAUUUUACCUCUUUUUACCGCAGUAACUACUGUAUGAGAGGAAUUAUUGCAAAGUGCAUUGGAAUUCUUAUGAAGCAAUGUAGAAGAACCAUCAGAAAUGAAAGAAGCCGUUUAUAAUCCAUCACAUAUGAGCUCUUGAUAGCACGCACAGUUACAGAUGUGUCGUAUUCUCAACACGCUUCCUUCGCGUGCGUGUCAUUCAUAUUGUACAGUGUCUGAGAAUCCAGUGAACGAUCGUUCGGCUUGUUAAAAUGGACCAAAUUCUGUGUUUGGUGAAAAUGAAUUUGUGGAGUCUCGCACAUGAUGUCGUGCAGUCAAGCCAUAAACAACAGAAGAAGAUUCUUUCCGUGGAUGUGUUUGAAUGCUUUAAUGUGUCAUUGAUCGUGUGUUUAUGCGUCUGAAGAUCGUGAUGGUGUUAAUAAUGUGAACUUCUGUGCCUCCAACCAACUCUUUCUCAUGAGAAUCAUUGUAACGCUUCAACUCUGAAUCACUUUUAUGGAUUGAUUUGAUUCAGGUGACUCAUCUGUGGUCAGUGUUUAUCAAUCGCUGUCAAGAACAUUUGCAUGAGUUUGACUAGAUAUCAGCAUUCAAAUCUGAGGAGCCAUUAAAGAUCAUGAGUUUAGUGUCUACCUCACACUGACAGUGAAUAUAUGCAGAACAAAACAAUAAUAACUGAAACACACACACACAUGACGGGACUGUAGAUGAGUGAAUCAAAGCCAGCCAAUAUUCAUCAUGUGCUGAUGUCAUGUAUACGGUAUAACACACACACACACACACUCUUUCUCUUCAGUAACACACGGUGACGUCAUGAUUUAAUGUGGCAUGUUUGUUUUUGUUGUGAAGAAGAUAUUCUGUAUCGCACAGCUUCAUCUUUAACUCUAAUGUAUGUUUGUGUCUUUUAAUUUAUUUUGUAUAUUUUGCUCUGUUAUUUAUGGAAAUGCUAUUAAACGGUUUCAAGUGUUUAAU